GGAUUUGUUCACAAAGGUUUGGACACAAAGCGACACGUAAGUAGAAAAAUUGUUGUAUGCUUCAACAUAGCUUUUUGAAAGUUUCUUCUUCAUCGAGAGAAAUGCGCGGUCUCCAUUUCACUUCUUUCGCCUUUUCCCUAACCGUCUCCCUCUUCUUCAAUCUUCAUCUUCAUCAUUCUUCCUAAUUUCUCUUCCCUUCAAUCCACUCACCAAUUCCCCUCUCCUCCUCAAUCACACCCACACCCACACCCAGUAGCCAUGGGAAAUUGGCUCAACAAGGAACCUCCACCUCCAAUGGUUCUCGUUCCACCACUCUUCGACUACCCUCCUCUUGCUGCUCGUACCAGGAUGUUGGAGUCUUCAUAUAAUCUAUUGUUCGGGAAACUUGCUUUGAAAUGUCUUUUCGAUGAUUAUUUUGAUGAGGCUAGGAAUUUUAGUACGGUGAUCAUGUUAAAGCCCAUUGAUGACCCUCACGUGGAUUUGGUUGCGACUGUAUCAGGUCCUCUUGAUCAUAAGCCUGAUGAUAAGAUUGUAGGGAAUGCAUUGUUUCGAUGGCAAAGCGACAUUGACGAUCCACAUACGUUUGUGGACCUUUACGUAUCGAACUCUGAUCCGGUUUUACAAAUGAGGUCAUGUGCAUACUAUCCCAAAUAUGGCUUUGGAGCCUUUGGUAUCUUCCCACUCCUAAGGAAGAAAAGAUUAUCUUCUGAGGACUUUGGUCUUAUGGGACUUAGAUAUGGCUCGAGGAAUCUGUCAGCUGGAGUCACACUUACGCCCUUCUCCUCAAAAGAUGAGCUCCCAAAGAGUGCGUGGCUUGUCAGCAAGAUUGGGAGGCUAACUACUGGAGUGCAGUAUGAGCCACAGUAUGGGAUUAAAGAUGGUGCGUCAUUACAAAAUUUAAUGAAUUGGAGUUGCGCAAUUGGCUAUGAUGUGGGUUCAGGGAGCCCUUUGAGCCCAUCUUUCAAUUUUGGUCUUGAACUUGCAAAAAAUUCACAGUUCAUUGCCUCAUUCUAUCAACAUGUGGUGGUUCAACGGAGGGUGAAGAACCCCCUUGAAGAAAAUGAAAUUGUUGGAAUCACAAAUUACAUCGACUUUGGCUUUGAGUUGCAGUCGCAGAUAAGAGUUGAUGAUGUCAAAGCAGCAAAUAAUAUUCCUGAUUCCACUUUCCAAAUAGCAGCGUCAUGGCAAGCGAACAAAAAUUUCUUACUGAAGGGGAAGGUGGGCCCUCUUAGCUCCUCACUUGCUAUGGCAUUCAAGUCAUGGUGGAAACCUUCAUUUACUUUCAGCAUCUCAGCUGUCAGGGAUCGUACUGUUGGAAGAACUGCAUAUGGAUUUGGCAUCCGUGUUGAAAACCUUAGAGAAGCCAGUUAUCAAAGAGCUGAUCCAAACUUUGUGAUGCUUACACCGAGCAAGGAGCACUUGGCUGAGGGAAUAGUUUGGAAAAUUGGGAAGAGACCGAUGCUGCAGUCGGAUAUAAAUGCUGGAAAUUUCGAUGGCAUACCGAAGGAAUUAAGACCUUUAAACAAAAUUUUGUGAGCUUUGUUUUCCUGUCAAUUUUUAACCUGAUGAAACAGAAGCAAAGGUUGCUUCUUAUCCUGAAGAACAGAUGAUGAAGCUUUUGUAAUGUUGGCUAUGGUGAUAGUUUAAUAGGAACCCCAUGGAGUUGUUUUUCCUUUCCCUUAGUCAGAUGAUGGACAAUUAACUUAUAAUUUUCUUUUCUUUUUUCUUUA